CCGUACAGAGUUUUUUGUACAAGAGGGGCGGCCGGCACCAGUCACAACAAGCCCGAGUGACAUGUGCUUCACGUAGCGAGCUGCAAUAUUUACAAUUCAGUCAUGGAACUCGCCGAUAAACUCAGCUUUUUGGGCCUGUCAGAACAGAAAGUGAAGGAGACUCUGAAGAAUGAAUCCUUGUCCAAAUUGUUAGGAUCCAUUGCAGAUCAGGCUCGGGAAAAUGGAGAGUUGAACAAGAGUGCUGGAAACCUUCUGUACAACCUUGGAACAAAGUUACCACGUCAGUUCCACAAUCAUCUCCCCUUUUUGGUUAAUUACAUCACAAAUGGGGGAAUUAAUCAGGAAGCUAAACUAACUGCAGCAAUCAAGUUUGUCCAGAAUCAUCCAUCUGGAAAUCUUAACAAAGCAGAAUUUGAAAAAUCUUGUGGCAUUGGAGUGGAAGUGACUCAAGAUGAGAUUGAAUCCGCUGUAGCCUCUGUCAUAGAGAAGCAGAAGAAAGCCAUUCUGAAUCAAAGGUACCAGUUCAACACUGGCCCAUUGAUGGGUCAGGUGAGGGCUGCCCUACCAUGGGCUGACAGUCGUAAAGUCAAGGAAGAGAUUGAUUUGCAGAUUUUGACUUUGCUUGGCCCCAAGAGAGAAGAGGACUUGGUUAAGCCAGCCAAGGCAAAAGCUGAAAAGAAGGAAAAGCCUGAAAACCCCACUGCCAAUGUAGCACAACCAAGUAAGUGUGAAGUAGUUUCAUCUUUAUGCCCCUCUGCUUAUCCUGUGUCGUCUUUAUUGUCUUUUGGUUAUAAUUCCUCUCGCUGCUUUCAGGUGAGAACACGAUUCCCUCCAGAACCCAAUGGCAUUUUGCAUAUUGGGCAUGCAAAGGCUAUUAACAUAAAUUUUGGGUAUGCUGCUGCUCAUAAUGGUGUGUGCUUCCUUCGCUACGAUGAUACAAAUCCGGAGAAAGAAGAAGAGAAGUUCUUUAUAGGAAUAAGAGACAUGGUCGAAUGGCUUGGUUACAAACCGUUCAAGAUCACACACUCAUCAGAUUACUUCCAGCAACUUUAUGAAUGGGCAGUAGUGCUUAUAAAGAAAAGAAAGGCUUAUGUUUGUCACCAAAAGCCAGAAGAGGUGAGAGGCCGUGACCCCCCACCAUCGCCCUGGAGAGAUCGUCCAGUUGAAGAAUCUCUUCAGCUAUUUGAGGACAUGAAGAACGGAAAGUUUGAGGAAGGGGAAGCAACAUUACGGCUUAAUCUAACCCUAGAAGAGGGAAAAGUUGAUCCUGUUGCCUACCGCAUAAAAUUUGUUACCCAUCACUGCACAGGAGAUAAGUGGUGCAUUUAUCCGACAUAUGAUUAUACCCAUUGCCUCUGUGAUGCAAUUGAACACAUCACCCAUUCACUUUGCACAAAGGAAUUCCAGUCAAGACGAUCAUCGUACUAUUGGCUAUGUAACGAAGUAGGAACUUACUGCCCUGUCCAGUGGGAGUACGGUCGCCUCAAUAUGAACUAUACUGUAGUUUCCAAGAGAAAGAUUGCCAAACUAAUUGAUAGUGGACAUGUAAGAGAUUGGGAUGAUCCUCGACUAUUUACCCUAACAGCGUUGCGUAGACGAGGUUUCCCAUCAGAGGCUAUAAAUAAUUUCUGUGCUUCACUGGGUCUAACUGGUGCUCAAAUCUCCAUCCAUCCUGAUGCAUUAGAAGCACACGUUCGAGAUGUACUGAAUGUUACCGCACAUAGAGCUAUGGUUGUUCUAGAACCCCUGAAGGUGGUAAUAACCAACUUCCCCAGCGAAGCAGCGAUUGCUGUAAGCGUACCAAAUAUCCCUGGCAAUGAUGACAAAGGAACACACAAUGUGAUCUUUGAUAGAGAGAUGUGGAUUGAGAGAUCAGACUUCCGUGAGGUAAUGUUUUAAUUCAUAAGUCUGAAAUACACUUCCUAA